AUAAAAUUACACAUUUUUUCUUUAUAAUAUUAUAAAAGAAAUGAAUCGUACUGAAUUGCCUCAUAUUGAAACGAAACAAUAUACUCUUGUAAUUCCCUAUGAUGCAAAAAAUACACAUGUCUUACUUGGCCUAAAGAAACGGGGAUUUGGUGUUGGAAAAUGGAACGGAUUUGGAGGAAAAGUAAUGGAAAACGAAUCGAUUAACGCGUGUGCAGCAAGAGAAUUAAAGGAGGAAUGCGGAAUUGAAGAUGCAGUACUUGAAAAAAUGGCAAUACUUCUUCUAAAAUGGGAAAGAUCUGCCUGCAUAACUGAAAUUCAUGUCUAUAAAGCUACACAAUUUCUUGACGAACCUAUAGAAUCAGAAGAAAUGAUCCCUCAAUGGUUCUCUGUUGAUCCCUCUGCACACAAUCCUAUUCCCUAUGACCAUAUGUGGGAAGAAGCACGAAUAUGGUAUCCUGAAUUUCAUCGAGGUCGAAAAUUUGUUUUUAAUGUCUUAUUCAAAGGAGAUAUUGAUAUUUCUGAUAAUUCUCCGUUAAUUAUACAUUACCAUCUUACGCCUGUUGAAAACAUACAUGAUUAUACCUAUACUGAUCAUUUGUUUAAAUAAUGCAGUCAAUAAAUCGUUGUAAUAACAUUUUCAAAUCAUA